AUGAAAUUUCAUAUAUAUAUUUUAAUAUACAUUUUCUUAUGCAUCCUUUCACCAACAACAGGCAAUGUAAAACUCACCGAUAAUGCAUAUACAGCGUUACCAAUAGGCGUUGAAACAACACUCAUCAUUAAUGAAAAUACAGAGCUGUCAGAACAUUAUAGACCAGUUGGAAAAUCAGAUUAUGUAUCUGCACAUGGGGUAUGCUUUGAAAAAAUCAGAUCUGAGGUGGAAUACAGCUUAAGUUAUUUAUUGAUGAAAUUUCCAAGGGAUGAAAGUAGUGAUUGUUAUAUAAAAUGUCUCAUGGAUUAUUGGAAUUUUUACGAUCCCGUAAUUCCACAUCGCUCAGUUAAACGCUUGUGCAAACAGCUCACCUAUUGGUAUCCAAACUAUGUAGAAGAAUGCAAUAAUUCAAUUGAGGCAUGCAUUAGCAAAUAUCCUGAUGAAGAUAGCUUAUUUGAAGCUUGCUCUUGGAUUGGCAAUGUUACUAAAUGCUUUCUGAAGCAAUAUAGAAAAUCAUUGUUAUUAACAUUUAUUAUAUAACUCUACA